GUGAUACCACCACACUAGUGACCUUAAAGUGAUGGCGGCCGUAGUCUUGACCUCACUAUGAUGGUGGUCAUGUUUCGGUUUACAUCACCGUGAUGACAGCUGGUUCCGCACUUUGAAUGGGACGGAUGGAGCCGCUGGGCUCGUGUGGGGUCGUGAUGUCUCCGCUCUUGCAGCGCUAUGUGGCGGCUAUGGUGCUGAGCGGAGCGGCCGACGCGCUCGGCUACAAAGGUGGAUCCUGGGAGUUCUGCCGCAGUGGCCUGAAGAUCCAUGACGAACUACGGGAGGCAGGCGGCUGUCGGGGCCUCAACGUGACGGGAUGGGUGGUCAGCGACGACACGGUGAUGCACCUGGCGACGGCCGAGGCCUUGGCGGCCGCUUCGCAUCCGGAGAAAGCGCUGGAGAAGCUGUACCUGCGGCUGGCUCGGGGUUAUAAGGACAGCAUGAAUGACAUGGACGGGAGAGGGCCGGGAUUAACGUGUAUAAGUGCCACCGCGUUGCUGAAACCAAAUGCUCCCAACGGAUGGAAGAUCCCGUUUAACCCAAAAGGCGGUGGCUGCGGUGCUGCCAUGCGGGCAAUGUGUAUUGGGCUGCGGUAUCCCCAACCCCACCAGUUAGAAACACUGAUUGCAGUGUCUGUUGAAAGCGGUCGAAUGACCCACCACCACCCCACGGGUUACCUGGGGGCAGUGGCGGCCGCAUUGUUCACCGCAUAUGCUGUCAAUGGGAAGCCUGUAGAGAGCUGGGGUAAAGGCCUGAUGGAAGUGUUGGAGAAAGCCAAGACGUAUGUGCAGAACUCUCAGCAGUAUGCUGAAGAAAACCUGGCUGCGUGGUCCUAUUUUGAAAAUCAAUGGAAUAAGUACCUUCAGGACCGAGGCAUUAUGGAUGGGGUUUCAAAGCCAAUUUUUCCAGAGCCUUAUGGUGUGGCUGAGCGUGAUAAAUUCUAUGCCUCUGUCAGCUAUAGUGGCUGGGGUGGAGCCAGUGGGCAUGAUGCCCCCAUGAUAGCCUACGAUGCUAUCCUGGGCUCAGGCGAUUCAUGGGAGGAGCUCUGUAACAGAGCAGUUUUCCAUGGUGGCGAUAGUGAUUCUACUGGUGCAAUAGCGGCGGCCUGGUGGGGAGCCAUGUAUGGCUUUCAUGGGGUUCCUGCAUCCAACUAUGAAGGCUUAGAGUAUCGUAGCAGAUUGGAGUCUGUGGCAGCAAAAUUGUUCCAUUUAAGUAACUCAACUAAGUCAGAAGACUCACAGAAAACUUGUUCAAGCUCUUAACCUCUGUUCUACUAAUCACUAGUUAAUCAGAAAUUGUUAAUCCAAAAUAUAAAAGCCUGUUUGCCUGGGAAAUGGUUUACUUUUGUACCUGCCGCCUUUCACCUUUCUAACCAGCAAAAUGUGCCAUAUGUUACCAAGCGGGUUAUGGUGAAUAAAGGUGUGAAUGAAAGGCCACCUUGGAAUGUCUAAAUUCUGAAUAGUAGAAGGAACACACAAUGCACUAUUUUCACAGGAGAGAUCAAGACUUAGUUCCAGAGAACAUAAUUUCACUUGCAAAGAAUGAAAGUUGAGAAUUUAUAAAUAGAAUGGUAUAAUUUUGAUAUGGCCAGAGGAACUGGAAAUAAUAAAAUUUAGAAGUCUGUUUUUUAAAAAUAAAGUUCAAGGCUUUAUGCACCUUAAUUAUACAACUAAGAAAUCUUUGUGUAGUUCUGAGCAUUAUCAUACCUGCUAAAUUCACAACUAUGUUAAUGUGCAUGUAACGAGCUGCACGGUUUCACUACUAAUGUAAUGGUUUUUUUGUAAUGUUCACUGCUGAAGUAACAGUUUCUCUGUAGCAACAAUGGGUUAUGGCUGGAGAUAACAAGACUGGCCAACAUGCAUCCACAAUCAGGAUUUUGUUGCCGUCUUGUGAAUUUGGAAGCAGUUGAUUUCACAGGCGAGAGAGAGAGAGGGGGCACUCGGAACGAAGGUCCGAAGGACAGCAACGAUCAGAGGAGGUCGCUGGGGACCGAUUGGCCUAUGAGUGAGCUCCAACUUUCUGCACAGACUGUUUAAUGAGAUUUGGGCCUUUUUUUAAUAUUUCAUUUCUCUACUAACCAUAUUGUCAAAGUAAGAGUUAUAAAGCUUAAUCCUUUAAUUGCU